CGUCGCCCUCGAACAAUCACUUCAUUAUCAACCAAACUACAGCCUAUCAACAACAUCACUAUUGUCUUCUUUUAUAUUUUUGUCUUCCUCUUUAUCUUUUGUCUAUAUCCUAUUUAUAUUGUCCUUAUAAUCUGCUCGCAGUUCAACACUGUGUGCCUCACGCUCGACGCUUUCUAUACAUAUCUCUUCAUCUCUUUACAUCUUUAUUCUCUACCUCUUUUAAUACCCUAAUUCCCUCUUAUUCACCUUUAUUUCCAUCCUCAAACCACAACCCAUUUCUACUAUUCUUCCACCAUUCACCAUGCCACACAAAGUCAACGACUCCAACUCCACAUUAGCCAGCAGAGGCAGCAGCAACGAUCAGGUGGUUGCCACCGAAGUCCGGAGUCUGACAACCAAUCCCGUCCGCAAACCUCCGGUAGUCGUUCAUAACAAGGGCGGCCGAAUCUACGAUGAGACGCGGCCGUCUGACUGGGACAAACAACGCUGGAAGUAGUUGUUCUUUUUACAACUCGAAUCGCCUACAUCCCAUAUGCAUUGCCUCAAUUGCUGCAUACGUAGGUGGCUCGCCAAAAAAGACGCGGAUACCACCAUUUUUACACGCGCGCGUUACAAAGGCGAAAAAGAGGUCCAGACCAAAAGAAAAGCCCAAAAAAGCCCCCAAAAAAAAAAGAAAAGUGAGGCGAUGAUCGACAAAGAUGAUUUGGGGAGAUAAUUGGACGCCAAAACCCCCCUUUUUCGCUGCCUCUCGUCACCGCUCGACCCUUUCUUCUUUGCCCCCUGACCAAAUCGGGACGUUCUACUUUUCUGAAAUUCUCUGGAUUGUCUGACUUCUCGGAUUCUCG